AAAAAGUGGUUUUAGUGUUUAACAGUAUUAUUAAUAUAAUCUAUGUUUCACAGAAAGCUGUUGAAGUUUUACAGUUGUGGUCUGAUGAAGAUGAAGUUGUGUCAGUAAUGUCAGGAGAAAAUGUCAAAAUUAAACUAAAAGGAGUAGAAGAGGAAGAAGUAUCAUCAGGUUUUGUAUUAUGUGAUUUCAAUACACCAUGUAGGACAGGAAAGGUUUUUGAUGCUCAGGUAGUCAUACUUGAGCAUAAAUCAAUUAUCUGUCCGGGUUACAGUGCUGUUUUGCAUAUUCAUGCUGCUAUUGAAGAAGUUUCUGUUAAAGCCUUGAUUUGUUUAGUUGACAAAAAGACUGGUGAAAAGGGGAAAACACGUCCAAGGUUUGUUAAGCAAGACCAGAUUGCAAUUAUGAGACUAGAAUGUGCUGGUGUUAUUUGCCUUGAACCAUUUAAAGAUUUUCCACAAAUGGGUCGUUUCACAUUACGUGAUGAAGGUAGGACAAUCGCUAUCGGCAAAGUUCUUAGGGUUAUGGAAUAAAUAUAAGACUUUAUAUGAUGUGUAACAGUAUCCUUCAGCUGCAAAAUGAGAACUUAGUUUUGCAUCUCUAUUCUUUUAUGCUUCCAUGUUUUAUAUCUGACAUUAAAUGCAAGAGGCUUAUCAGUAUCCUGGAAGAGAUUUGCAAUAAAAUUUAAUUCGCUAUAAAAUUGCAUUGGAGUGCCGUUUUGAGUACUGAGCUGUAUCAGCUGCAUUUAUAUAUGGUCCUAAUGUAUUGUAUUAAGAGAAUACACUAUGCAAAUGUAUUGUAAAUUAUGUAAAGUCCCUUUUGUUACUUAAAUUGGCAUUCCAUGUUUUGAGACCUGGUUAUGGUUAAGGUGCUAUUUGGUCAUAAGCUUCACCUUUUAAGUCCUGAUAAUUUAAUGCAAUAAAAUAUAAUAAUUAUAUACUAUAUAUAAAGUGAAAAGAGACCCUUUCCCUUCCAGUUGCUUAUGUUUAGCUAAAGGUUUCAAUCUUUUUUUAAUUUGUAUGAUAUUUAUUUUACUAUUUUCAAUUUUUUUUAAACAAAUUUAUAUCUGCCUUGAUUUUUAUUGCUAUGUGAUAUAUCACUUCACUAAAAAAAAAUUUUUGUAUACUGAGGUAAAUGCAAAGUAUAUAAUAUGAUUAUGGUUUUUUAGAUAAACUGUUUUCCAUCAUAUGGGUCAUAAUUCUUGUAGAAUUGCUUGUUCAUUCUGCAUAUAUUGUAGAUGUAUGGGAAAAGGAAAACUUGUUUUUGUCAAUAUAAUAUUGUAUUUUUAAUUUUCUAGUUGUUUGUGUUUAUUUAAGUUGUAGUGAAUUGUAUAUUGUUUUUGAAAAUUUAUUUUCUUUGAUGUUUUUUUGUGAAGGAUUACAGGUCAGGAAAGACAAUUCAAUUAAUUUUACAAUAUAUCUUUAGCCCCUCUACCCCCCUCUUUUCUCAGGCUGUAUACUUAAACAAAAAGUUUCAUAGCGUUGAAAUUAUUUCUUGGAGCAAGUGUAAUUAAUUUUCACAGUUUGUAGUAAGUUGUACAAAUUGUGAAAUAUUAUUAUCUUGUAUAUUUAUGAAAGAUAAAAUUACAUAAAAUUUUGUAAAAACAAUCAGUGCCUGUUUCAUUUUAACUUCAGAUUCACAAUGACUUUUACAUCAAAUAGAUGGUGUUGCUGUUUACAGUACACCUCACUUCAGGAAGUGCAAUUUGUUAAGUUUCACUUUCCUGAGGAAUGUACAAUAUGACUUGCCAUGUGGCAUAUUUGUUACUGAGAUCUGGGAAUAAAAUUUUGUGAAAUUUUUCA